AUGGCAUUAAUGGAACACGACGACGAAGACGAAGAAGAGAUUCAUCUCUACGAAUCCUCGCGAGAACGACAAUCCUACGAUGACCAAGGCACCUUGUAUGGAAUCAUUCUCGCCACGGAACAUUUGGAGCGAAGUUAUGCCCGAGACGCCAUCACCAAUUCCGAAUACACUGCCGAAUGCAACAAAUUAAUAUCCCAAUUCCGAUUGGCGGAAAAGGCGGUCCUGGGCAGCGACAAUAACAUUCGAUCGACGGAAGAGUUUAUGAAACUCUACGAAAUGGAUUGUCCGCGGGCCGACGAACGAUUGUUGAAGAUGGGAGUCCCGGAACCCAUUCGAAAUACUUCUACGGAAUCGGCAGGAGUGGCCGUCACGGUCGCCGAAGCGGUCCAACAUUUCAUUACGAUUAUGGAUGCGGUCAAGUUGGAACAGCGGGCGGUGGACGACUUGCAACCCCUGCUCAGUGAUUUGAUGGAUUCUCUCGCGAGACUACCGGAAACACCCAACGAUUUUGAACCCAAUCGCAAGGUGAAACAUUGGUUGCAAAAGCUGAAUUCGAUGCGAGCCUUUGAUGAAAUUGAUGAUGACGAUUCACGGCAGCUCUAUCACGAUUUGGACAGUGCGUAUGCAGAAUUUACACGGUAUCUAAAGAGCGGUAGGUAG